AGGCUUGAGCCACCGCGCCCGGCCCAGAAAUGCGUUCUUCUAAAAUGCUCUUUUUUCUUUGGAGUUUAUCAUGUGCAGUUACCUCCGUGUCUUAAUUAGAAUCAAUACUGUUCCCCUAAAGUCGAAUAUGUUAGCUCUUUAAUACUUGCCAUUAUCUUUUAGGGUUAGGUUUGGUCUGUGAGCUAUCUGUCCAUUCCUACCCGAUCACCAGCAGGUGGCAGUCCCUUCUGACUUUAAAUAUAGGCUGUGCUAUCUUUGCCAGUUUUUUGGGGUUUUUUGUUUGUUUGUUUUUAAAUAGAGAUGGUGUCAGAGGCGUGUGAACCAGAACAACUCCAUCUUAUACAGGAGCUGGGUAAAAUGAGGCUGAAACCUACUGGACUGCAUUCCCAGACAGUUAAGGCAUUCGAAGUCACAGGAGGAGACAGGGCAGUGAUGCCGCAAGCUCGAACACUAGGACCACUAAGGGAAAGGGAGCCCAGAAGCCUGGGAUGCUGGCAAAAGGAGUCAAGGAAACUUUUCAUUUGAGCUAUUUACAGUUUGUAGCAAUUGAGUAAAUAUAUUGCUGUGAACGAAAUUUGGGACAUAUUUGUUUCUCUAUAUCAGAUUUCUCCAGAAUUUGGAAACCAGUUGAAUCAAACUUGUAGAGCCAAUAAAAGCCCUUUGGGGAACUGGCCUCAUACCUUGCCUACACAGUUCCUGUACAAGGUUUCUGACCUAUGUUGAUUAUGGAAGAUUCCCACAAGAGUACCACGUCAGAGAGAGCACCUCAACCUGGUUCAGCAGUUCAGGGAGCUCACAUUUCUCAUAUUGCUCAACAGGUAUCAUCUUUAUCAGAAAGUGAGGAGUCCCAGGACUCAUCCGACAGCAUAGGCUCCUCACAGAAAGCCCACGGGAUCCUAGCACGGCGCCCAUCUUACAGAAAAAUUUUGAAAGACUUAUCUUCUGAAGAUACACGGGGCAGAAAAGGAGACGGAGAAAAUUCUGGAGUUUCUGGUGUCACUUCUAUGUCUGUUCCAACUCCCAUCUAUCAGACUAGCAGCGGACAGUACAUUGCCAUUGCCCCAAAUGGAGCCUUACAGUUGGCAAGUCCAGGCACAGAUGGAGUACAGGGACUUCAGACAUUAACCAUGACAAAUUCAGGUAGUACUCAGCAAGGUACAACUAUUCUUCAGUAUGCACAGACCUCUGAUGGACAGCAGAUACUUGUGCCCAGCAAUCAGGUGGUAGUACAGACUGCAUCAGGAGAUAUGCAAACGUAUCAGAUCCGAACUACACCUUCAGCUACUUCUCUGCCACAAACUGUAGUGAUGACAUCUCCUGUGACUCUUACCUCUCAGACAACUAAGACAGAUGACCCCCAAUUGAAAAGAGAAAUAAGGUUAAUGAAAAACAGAGAAGCUGCUCGAGAAUGUCGCAGAAAGAAGAAAGAAUAUGUGAAAUGCCUGGAAAACCGAGUUGCAGUCCUGGAAAAUCAAAAUAAAACUCUAAUAGAAGAGUUAAAAACUUUGAAGGAUCUUUAUUCCAAUAAAAGUGUUUGAUUCUUAAGAAAGAAAAUAUUUUUGUGAACUUGCAUAAAAAUUAAAUGGAUUUCUUAGUGGAGUUUUAUAAAUUAAAAGGUCAAAAGUUAAGCUUUUUAUUUAGGCUUUUCCAACUCAAGGAUAACUAUCUUAUGCACGAUAUCUAGUGACAGAAGGAGAAAGUGAAAAAUGACCUCAAGGAAACUGCGGGCACAACUGGAAGCUUUGUAGAAAUUAAACAUAUUCAAGGAGCAAGAAAUGAACUUUCAGCAGUCUAAAUUUUCUAAAUAACCAAUAGUUGCCAAUCCAAAAUGGCAGAGAAGAUGAAAUUUGAUAAACUGAAUUUUUAAAAGUAAAUCAAUUUACCCUACAGGUUUGCAUUUCUCUUUGCUGAAAUUUACCUUUUUUAGUUAUAUGUGUGUGUGUGUGUGUGUGUUUCUGCCAAUAAAUUCUAAAUUACAAAGGUAAGAGAAAACCUAGUACAUUACUAAAUAUAUAAAGUAUGUGUUCUGAUUAUGUGUACUUGUUCUAGUGUCAAGUCUUUUUAAGUGGGUUUUUUAAAGUUUGUUUAUUGGACUUGAAUGGAUUUUUGAGAGUGGGUUAUUUUUAAGAUCUUAUCCUAAAAGGCAUCUAAGGUACAUGAAUGGAGUAUGGUGAUUUUGUAACAUUUGUUAUCAGAAUGGAAAAAGAACUGUUUAAAAGUUUGAUACUUUUAAAUAGUUGGUUUUUUUGCUUACUCUGGUAAUGGUGAUUUUCUACAAAUACAUAAUAAAUUGUUCUUUUGAUUCUAUAUUCUGUAUGCAGUUGAAUAUCCAUUACUUAUUCUGCUGUGCUUUAGUAGAAUGGAAUGUUUACAGGCCCUUAAAAUAUUAUUUUUUAAAAACCUUCUGAAGAUGCAUACCAAAGUUUUUCCAAGAAGAUUUUAUAAUCAAUUUAAUAAUGUAAGGUUUAUCAGAUUCUAUUAUAGUUAUUAAGGCAAUUUUAUGUUAGAGACUAUUUUGUAAUGUAGUGAAUGGUACCUUUAUAAGAAAAGUGACUGCCAAUAUAUUUUUAUAGCUGAUCUUUAUAAAUUCUAAUGUUGAGUUUUUAAUGAUUAUUUUAAAUGUUUAUAUAGUUUAGUAAAAUUUGCAUCUCAAAGUAUCAUUUUUAUAUUAUAGGAAGUAAAGUUUUCAGAUUGGCUAAUACUUGCUUUGUAAAUUUUGUAUGCAGUUUAUCUAAAAUUCAGAAAUACUGUCAGUACACCAGUGUUUAACAUCUGUAUUUCCAAUUUGUAUACAGUUUAAAAUUGUACUGCAGAACUGUUGUGUGCUUCUUACACAGUAUGUAUCAUAUUGUUGUCUGUGAAAUUAAAGGACAUUUGAUAGUCUACCGAAUGUAAAA